AUGUCAUCGUACUACCCACGCACAAAGGACCUUACUCGCACCAGGAAAUCAGUGACAGAUUCACCGCCAUCCUCUCCAUCCUACACAGACAAAAACUACAGACAUGAAAGACUGUCAAGAUACGACUCCACUGGAGAAAGCAGCACAGAGAAACCUCUGGGUCGUGCCAGCUCGUACACACGGAGAGAGACCAGGCUGGCGGGCCUGAACCGACAGGAGCAAGACCCCACUGCCAAAGACUAUAAGAAGAUGUAUGCGGAGGCUUUGCAAGAGAACGAGAGGCUCAAGUCCAGAUUGCAAGACAGCAAGCAAGAGUUAGUCAAGAUUCGCUCCCAGCUGGAGAAAAUCACUCAGAGACACGACAGAAUAUCAGAAAGAUCUACAGUUCUAGAAUCAGAGAAGAGGGAAAAACAAGGUCUUGAGAGAAGAGUGUCUGACAUGGAGGAGGAAUUAAAGGCUUUCCCCGCUCUGGCUCAGGCCCAGGCCUUGUGGAGGGUGAACAAGUGUCUCCUGGCUGAAAACAGAGCCAUGCUGCGUGUCUUAACAGAGCUCAAGUCGGACAACCAGAGGCUAAAGGAUGAGAAUGGAGCUCUCAUUCGAGUCAUCAGCAAGCUGUCCAAAUGA